CCCGCCCCCUACCGGGGUGUCUGUGAAGCCGCGGACACGCCGGCUUUGAGCAUCCCUGGCGGGCCAGGGGGAGGCCCUGGGGCUGCGGCUCCCGCGGCCGCGGCCCCGCCCGCCUUCGGCAUGGCCAGCUCCGGAGAGGACACAUCCAACGAUGACGACAUGCCCCCUGCAGCAGCCGCCAUGGCGGUGGGCGCCCACCUUCUCGGCUUCUCGGAUGAGAUCCUGCUGCACAUCCUGAGCCACGUCCCCAGCACAGACCUGGUUCUGAACGUCCGGCGCACCUGCCGGAAGCUCGCGGUGCUCUGCCUGGAUAAGAGCCUCACCCACACCGUGCUGCUGCAGAAGGACUAUGAGGCAAGCGAGGACAAGGUGAAGCAGCUGGUGAAGGAGAUCGGCCGGGAGAUCCAGCAGCUCAACAUGGCCGGCUGCUACUGGCUGUCGGGUGCCACUAUUGAGCACGUGGCCCGCUGCCGCAGCCUGGUCAAGGUGAACCUCUCGGGCUGCCACCUGACCUCCCUGCGCCUCUCCAAGAUGCUUUCGGCCCUGCAGCACCUGCGCUCCUUGGCCAUCGACGUGAGCCCCGGCUUCGAUGCCGGCCAGCUGAGCGGCGAGUGCAAGGCCACGCUGAGCCGCGUGCGGGAGCUCAAGCAGACGCUGUACACGCCCUCCUACGGUGUGGUGCCCUGCUGCACCAGCCUGGAGAAGCUGCUGCUCUACUUCGAGAUCCUCGACCGCACACGCGAGGGCGCCAUCCUCUCGGGCCAGCUGAUGGUGGGCCAGAGCAACGUGCCCCACUACCAGAACCUGCGGGUCUUCUACGCGCGCCUGGCCCCAGGCUACAUCAAUCAGGAGGUGGUGCGGCUCUACCUGGCUGUGCUCAGCGACCGCACGCCCGAGAACCUCCACGCCUUCCUCAUCUCUGUGCCUGGCAGCUUCGCCGAGAGCGGGGCCACCAAGAACCUCCUGGACUCCAUGGCCCGCAACGUCGCGCUGGACGCCCUGCAGCUGCCCAAGUCCUGGCUCAACGGCUCGUCCCUGCUCCAGCACAUGAAGUUCAACAACCCGUUCUACUUCAGCUUCAGCCGCUGCACGCUGUCCGGAGGCCACCUGAUCCAGCGGGUCAUCAACGGCGGGAAGGAGCUCUGCAGCCUGGCGAGCCUGAACCUCAGCGGUUGUGUCCACUGCUUGUCCCCGGACUCCCUGCUCCGCAAGGCGGAGGACGAUAUCGACAGCGGCAUCCUGGAGACGCUGGUGGCGUCCUGCUGCAACCUGCGCCACCUCAACCUCUCGGCCGCCCACCACCACAGCUCCGAGGGCCCGGGCCGCCACCUCUGCCAGCUGCUGGCCCGGCUGCGCCACCUGCGCUCCCUGUCCCUGCCCGUCUGCUCCGUGGCCGACUCGGCACCGCGGGCCGACCGCGCGCCCGCCCAGCCCGCCAUGCACGCCGUGCCCCGCGGCUUCGGCAAGAAGGUGCGCAUCGGCGUGCAGUCCUGCCCCAGCCCCUUCUCGGGGCAGGCGGGCCCUCAGCCUUCCUCCGUGUUCUGGUCUCUGCUCAAGAACGUGCCCUUUCUGGAGCGCCUCGAGCUGAUCGGGUCCAACUUCUCCUCCGCCAUGCCGCGCAACGAACCCGCCAUCCGCAACUCCCUCCCGCCCUGCAGCCGCGCGCAGAACGUCGGGGACUCGGAGGUGGCCGCCAUCGGGCAGCUGGCGUUCCUGAGGCACCUGACUCUGGCCCAGCUGCCCAGCAUCCUGACGGGCUCCGGGCUGGUCAGCAUCGGCCUGCAGUGCCAGCAGCUGCAGUCCCUCUCGCUGGCCAACCUGGGCAUGAUGGGGAAGGUGGUCUACAUGUCUGCCCUCUCGGACAUGCUGAAGCACUGCAAGCGGCUGAAGGACCUCAGGUUGGAGCAGCCCUACUUCAGCGCCAACGCCCAGUUCUUCCAGGCGCUGAGCCAGUGCUCCGCCCUGCAGCGCCUCUGCCUGGUGUCGCGCAGCGGCACGCUCCAGCCCGAGGCCGUGCUGGCCUUCAUGGCGCGCUGCCUGCAUGUCGUUGUGUGCCACAUGUUCACCGGGGAGUCCCUGGCCACCUGCAAGAGCCUGCAGCAGUCCCUGCUCCGAAGUUUCCAGGCCGAGCGGCCCGCGCUGAAUGUCGUCAUCUUCCCUCUGCUCCACGAGGGCCUGACCAAUGUCAUCCGGGACGUCCCCAUGGUGCACCUGGAUGAGAUCACCUUAUUUAAAAGCAGAGUGGCUGAGGAGCCACCGAACCUGUGGUGGUGACAGGGACAGCUAGCGCCGGGCGAAGCUGCUUCCGGCGGCCGAGCCUCCUGCCAGCCACUGUCGCCUCUGUCAGUCUCCUGGGCCUGGAAGCACGACUGCCCUGAGGGGCGUGUGGCCCGGCUGCUGCUGCUCACGCCUGCCCCUGCCGGACACCGGGGCCCCUUGGGUCCCAAGAGGAAGGACUCCCCCUCUGCCCGGCCAUCCCGCGCCCCUGUCGUCUCCCAGGGCCCCCCGAAGCUUCCUCUUGCUUGCUCUUGGCGCUCGGUGAAACGCGAGUCCCAUCCGCGGGGAGGAUGAGAAGGAAGAGCCGGCUGUCCCUGCAGGGCCUGGCGUGGGUACUCCUGAGCUGAGACUCUCGUCCGUCACGGAGCGCUGACUCUCCGGGGGCCCUGACCAGGUCCCCAGAGCAGCACGGGGCCCCAGUGCUGCCCCCCCCGCCCGCCACCGCCUCUUCCACCCUCCAGUGUGUCUCAUGUGUUUCUGGCCACCUGCCGUCAGGCUCUGCAGAGGGGUGGCCUCAGGCCCGGGGCUGGGGGUGACCGUGUGUGUGGGGACGGACACGCUCACGUGGUGGCACGAUGGCACGGCUUCCCUCGGGCCAGCUGGGAGCACAGCGUGGAGGGGAGCUCCAGAUUUGGGGGCUCUCCUUCCCAGUAACACAUGUUUUAACUCGAUUAUGUCUCCAGCGUGUUUCCAGCCAGAUGGCGUCAGACAGGUUUGGGGCCGCUGGCUGGGCCGGGACCCCGUGGGGCUGGGACUGCGGGGCAAGGCCUGGGGCAAGCCCGCUGUACAGCCAGCACGGCCCUCGGCUUUAGGACCUCUUCUCCGUGAAGAUCUGUGUUUCUGGGGAAAUACAUACCUGGCUUCAUUCAAGAAACUUGAAAUAUUAAAACUUAGAAAGGACAUUUAAGGCCAGAGUAGUGAUCAAACUACCCCGUUUCGUAUAGCUUUAUUUAGCACUUUAAAAAAUUCAGUGCAGCUAUUCCAAAAAUGGGGAGUGACCUCCCAGUGUCCAGGGCCACCCUUCCUGUGCUGAGCCUGCUGCCUUCUCGACCGCAAGACUCCCCAGAGCCGGUGGCCCCCCGGCCGGUGGCUUCCAAGGGGCUGCGAUCGGGUUCCCUCCAACCCGGGUCCAGCCCUGACCGCUCUCAGUGAUGCUCCUGGAGGCUUGCCAGGGGUCCUGGGCACCGUUGGACGGCUUCCAGGCGGGGGCACGUCGGUCCUGCAGAGGCUGCCUCCCCGGGCCUCCCUCUCCCUCUGGGUUGGGGGUGCAGAGCCCACCAGGCCCUGCUCACGCUGCUGGUGCCCAUCUGCUCUGGGCCCCCAGCCUGGCCAUCUUCCCACUUUGUGUCUGUGGAGACAGUCCCCCUCUCCCCAUUCCGUGUAGCAUGUCCUGCAGCUUACCUACUAAAAGAGCGGGUCCAUGACCCUGGGGCUUUUCAUUUGCCUUUCCGUCCCUGGGUUCUUGAGGGACGGACAGUUCUGCAGCCCCCACCCCCGCGGGGCUGAAGGGGUCCAGGAGGCCAGACAGCACAGCUGCAGGAAUCGAGCAGUCCCGGGGUCAGGGCCCCGGGAGGAACAGUCUGCCCAUCCCAGGGGCUCUGCUCUGCCCUCCGCCCUCCUGUCUGCGUGGACGGGGGGAUGCACGGGUGCCGUGGGGUGAGUCUCCUCCCUCCUCGCCCUGGUUUUCAUGCCCUCUCCCUGCCCUGGGCUGAGGCUGGCACUUCUUUGCAGCCCGGCCAGAGGGACUGGUCUGCAGGCUGCCCGUAGGCGAAUGCCUACAGCCUUCACCUUAGAGGUCCUGAUGUGGUCUGAGAGCCCUGCCUGGCUUCACAGGCUGAGGGACAGACUGCCCUGGGCCCCGGAGAGACAGGGCUGAGGUCCCGAUAGGGCCCCAUGGCUGUAGAUGAGGGUCUGAGAGUUGGUGGGUGCACUUCCCCUCCCCAAUUUUGGGGGAUUUCAGGUGGUGCCCAGAGACCACCCCCCUCCAGGCAAAGGUGGUCGAGGAAGGGGGUGGUAAUGGGAACUGACCACUUCUUCUCCUCAAAGCAAGCGUGUGGCUGGUCGCAGCCUGACUGGCAUGGGGGUGUUCCCCAGUGGGGAGGUGCCCAGGGCUCUGGGUGGCUCUGGGUGCCCUUCUCUCCUCCAGAGCAGCCCGGGCUCAGGCUGGAGAAUGAGCUUUCCACUAGGCUGCAGUUGUGUGUUCACGCCCUCGCCUGGGUGGCCUCUUCUCACGAGCAAGCAGUUUUAACCAGCAGCAGCAUUUAUGCCAACAAACAGAGCCCGGAGGGGCCGUUCACCCCGAGGCUGGGUGCGUGAGCUGUCGUGGAGAGCCGCCCCCACACAGUAGACUGUGCGCUCUCAGCGUCCCCGUAACCAUCCUGCUACCAGAGCAAGAACUUCCGCCGCUUCUGCCCUCGGGACGGGACUCACCAGAUGUUAAUAGUGUGCUUAUUCUCGCUAAGUGCUAUUUUGGCAGCGGUGUUAAUUGCAAUUUAUAUUCUGCAGCAUUUUAUGCUGGGAAAAGAACCCACCCUAAUGGUCCCCAAUUGGCAGAACUGGGCUGUUAAGUGCGGACCAUAUGCUGCCUGCCGAGAGGGGGCCUGGUCAGCACUGCUGGCUGUGCGUGUGUGCGCGUGCGCACAUCUGUGUGCACACACACGAGUGUAGUCUGUGUACACGUGCGUGGUGUGCGUGUGUGUGCACAUGUGCAUGCGAGCACGUUUCUGCAUGUGAUCACGUGUGUGCGUGUGAUCGUGCGUGCGUGCGUGCAUGCAUGUACAUCUGCGUGCACGCACAUGUGAGUAGUCUGUGUACACGUGCAUAGUGUGUGUGCGUGCACAUGUGCAUGCGAGCACGUUUCUGCAUGUGAUCGUGUGUGCGUGUGCGUGUGCACGUGCGUGUACAUCUGCGUGCACACACAUGUGAGUACUGUCUGUACACGUGCAUGGUGUGCGUGUGUGCGUGCACAUGUGCAUGCGAGCAUGUUUCUGCAUGUGAUCACGUGCUUGUGCGUUUCUGUGUGUGAUCGCGUGUGUGCGUGUGCGUGUAUGAGAGAGAGGAGAGACGGGGAGGUGGGAAUACCGAGGAGAGAGGGGAGGAGAGAUCAGGGCAUUUAUCCCUUUGUUAAAAUAGAAGCCCCCUGCCCUCCUCCCGCCUGUGCCCACCUCGCCCCUAGACCUUGUGGCUCACUCCCCCCACCCCACCCCCGGGUGACCAGGCAUGCCUGCCCCCGGGGCUCUGACUUGGGUGCCACACAACCUGGCCGGAGGGUCUGAAGGUGCUCCCCGGGGGAGGCAUCUGGAGCCUGAGAGGAGCAGAGGCCUGCAGCCUCCUUCCCUGUCGGUGGCUUUUCAUUCUCACGCGCAAGUAUCUUUAGUUCCCAGCCCAAGGAGGCUGGAUUAGGGACACUUCACUCUGUCAUACAUCCCGGGGGGCGGAUCUUCUCCCUGCCUGUCAGCUGUCCUCUUGAGGACCCAAGGAUUCAUGGGUCUGGGCCCCCGUGUCCAACACCAGGCUGGAGGGCGCUCUGCUGGUGCCCGUGGCUGGGGCCCAGGACGGGCCCUGGGAUGACGCCCCCCACACACACCUCGGGCAGCUCUUGCAAGGCUGGGUGUUGAGGGUGAGCCUCCCUUAACCGGUUGCCCCUGCGCCAGGACCCACGGCUGCAGGCCACUUGGCUGCAAGGACGAAGCUUGGCGGAGGCCUGGCUGGGAGAGCUGGGCCAGGGGAGCAGGGCCGCAGGAGCCGCGGGACCUGGAUGUCUGUUGGCCCUCGAGGGUCUGAAACCAGCCGCUGCCGUCCUGGCUGUGCCAGUGGUCCUCCUCGAGUCUGUGUCAAGAAGGUGACGAUCCCGCCGCCUCCCCCCAGCUUGCAGGAAGGGGACCCACCCUCAUGACCUCCUCUGAGUGGCACGGGGGUAUCAGGCAGCCCCCUGCUCCCUCUGGCCCUCAUUAUCUGCUCUGGAGGGGUUGAGAAUUGUCGAGGCCUUGUAAGGAAGAAUAAUAAGAAAUGAGAAAUUAGUGGACGAGUAUAAUGCAGUGUGUCCGGUGGUGGCAGAUUUCAGCGGAGACCCCAGAUUUCCGAUGCAGAUGCCCGCAGUUCCCUUGGCCUUGGCCCUGGCCCUGGCCCUGAGCCUCCUCCCCCACACUUCGCCAGGAGGGGACGGGAUUGUGCGGCGGGGGCUCGGGUGCCCUUGUGGUGCUCACAGGCUUGUUUGUGCUGGGGGCACGGGGUUCUCACUGGGAGUCUCUAAGGUCGCUGACACAGGCUGGAUGGUGUCACCUGAAUGUCUAAAUUACUUUCUAGAGCUUUUUCAGAAACCACGGUGGGGGGCGGGAGGGGGAGGUUGCAUUCAUGUCACAGGGUCGGGGCACCUGCUGCACCCUGCUCCGGACCAGCCAGCCGGGGAAUGGCGGGCGGGGGGACCCAGGGCUGCCCGUGGUCGUGAGGUCCGGGAGCCACGUUCACCGCCUGGGAGGUUCGGUCUGUAGCGCUCCGCUAAACCUGACGAGGGGAUGGUUUUCUGUGGAAUCCUAACGGCGUGGGCCAGAGGCUUCUCUGCGUGCUCACCGUAGCGGCCGGGCCGGAGGGCGAGGGGGCCGGAGAGGCGGCCACACGACGGCCGUAGUGCAGGUAGGGUGUCCAGCCCCGGCCGCCCUCCACCACUGCCUGUCCGUAUGCGGCUGACCAGAAGCACUUGAGCUCAGCAUGUUUUUAAAAGGGUGGGGUGAGUUGGCCCGGGGGCUCAUGGUAUGUGGUGACCAGGUGCUAAGUGACCAAAUACGUGUCACCUGCUUUUCCACACAGACCUCCUUUUCUGUCUGGCGAUGCCCACUCCUGAAUUUUGUGUUCAAAUGACAUUUUUGAAUGGGUAUUUUCAUGUAAAUUUGUGGCAUGUGGAAAGUUUCAAAUAAAGUGGACUUGAUUUAGAAAA